AUUCAAACCGUCUGAACCCGUAACCCAAAGAUUUACGAGAAAACCAAAACUCUCGUUUUGUUAUUCUUUGCCCUGCGCCGUCUUCUCCAAAGCAAGAUCAAAGCUUCUUCGAUCCCCAAAAGAGAAUAAUGGCUACAGCUACAUAUCCACCUCCUCCACCGUAUCACAGACUCUACAAGGAUUACUCAGAAAACCCUAAUUCUGCUCCUGAACCUCCUCCUCCCAUUGAAGGCACCUACGUUUGUUUCGGAGGCAACUAUACUACAGAGGAUGUGCUUCCAAGCUUAGAAGAACAAGGAGUGCCUCAACUUUAUCCCAAAGAUUCCAAUGUUGAUUAUAAGAAGGAACUCAGGUCACUGAAUAGAGAACUACAGUUACAUAUAUUGGAGCUUGCUGAUGUUCUUGUUGAUAGACCUUCUCAAUAUGCAAAGAGGAUUGGUGAAAUUUCUUCAAUCUUCAAGAAUUUGCAUCACCUUCUCAAUUCCUUGAGGCCUCACCAAGCGAGAGCAACGCUUAUUCACAUUAUGGAACUUCAAAUUCAACAGAGGAAACAAGCUGUGGAGGACAUUAAGAGGAGAAGAGAAGAAGCACAGCGACUUCUUAAGGAUGCUUACGUCACUUUAGACGGUCAAUAGAUUUUUUUUUUUGUGUAAAUUAGCAAAUAAUAAUCUGUCUGUUAUUGACCUUCGAAGCUUAUUUUAAUUUGUUAACACUAAACCAAGGUUAAUCUGGCAAUGAAUACGCUGUAUGAGGAUUGUUUUAGACCAUAACUAACCGGUUAUCUUAUGAAGGAUAGGAGAAAGAAUAAACCGGUGAUACUAAUACAGUAAUAUUUCUAUA